AUCUUUAUCCAUUAUUAGUCAAAGUCAGGUCCAUUGGGGAAAGGUGGGAGGGGGGGAGAGAGAGAGAGAGAGGAGAGAGUUAUUACUGUUAUAACCCAGACCAUAAUACUUUAAUGGUCAGAUCAAGUCUGAAAUGCUAGCAGCUCAGAGUCUCAGGUCAGAGCAUGCUUUGGGUCCAGAGGAUGCUGCUGGAGCCUCAGGUCAGAGCAUGCUUUGGAUCCAGAGGAUGCUGCUGGAGCCUCAGGUCAGAGCAUGCUUUGGAUCCAGAGGAUGCUGCUGGAGCCUCAGGUCAGAGCAUGCUUUGGAUCCAGAGGAUGCUGCUGGAGCCUCAGGUCAGAGCAUGCUUUGGAUCCAGAGGAUGCUGCUGGAGCCUCAGGUCAGAGCAUGCUUUGGAUCCAGAGGAUGCUGCUGUAGCCUCUCAGGACAGAGCAUGCUUUGGGUCCAGAGGAUGCUGCUGGAGCCUCAGGUCAGAGCAUGCUUUGGAUCCAGAGGAUGCUGCUGGAGCCUCAGGUCAGAGCAUGCUUUGGAUCCAGAGGAUGCUGCUGGAGCCUCAGGUCAGAGCAUGCUUUGGAUCCAGAGGAUGCUGCUGGAGCCUCUCAGGGCAGAGCAUACUUUGGGUCCAGAGGAUGCUGCUGGAGCCUCUCAGGACAGAGCAUACUUUGGGUCCAGAGGAUGCUGCUGUAGCCUCUCAGGACAGAGCAUGCUUUGGGUCCAGAGGAUGCUGCUGGAGCCUCAGGUCAGAGCAUGCUUUGGAUCCAGAGGAUGCUGCUGGAGCCUCAGGUCAGAGCAUGCUUUGGAUCCAGAGGAUGCUGCUGUAGCCUCUCAGGACAGAGCAUGCUUUGGGUCCAGAGGAUGCUGCUGGAGCCUCAGGUCAGAGCAUGCUUUGGGUCCAGAGGAUGCUGCUGGAGCCUCUCAGGUCAGAGCAUGCUUUGGGUCCAGAGGAUGCUGCUGGAGCCUCAGGUCAGAGCAUGCUUUGGAUCCAGAGGAUGCUGCUGGAGCCUCAGGUCAGAGCAUGCUUUGGAUCCAGAGGAUGCUGCUGGAGCCUCAGGUCAGAGCAUGCUUUGGAUCCAGAGGAUGCUGCUGGAGCCUCAGGUCAGAGCAUGCUUUGGGUCCAGAGGAUGCUGCUGGAGCCUCUCAGGGCAGAGCAUGCUUUGGAUCCAGAGGAUGCUGCUGGAGCCUCAGGUCAGAGCAUGCUUUGGGUCCAGAGGAUGCUGCUGGAGCCUCUCAGGUCAGAGCAUGCUUUGGGUCCAGAGGAUGCUGCUGGAGCCUCAGGUCAGAGCAUGCUUUGGGUCCAGAGGAUGCUGCUGGAGCCUCAGGUCAGAGCAUGCUUUGGGUCCAGAGGAUGCUGCUGGAGCCUCAGGUCAGAGCAUGCUUUGGGUCCAGAGGAUGCUGCUGGAGCCUCAGGUCAGAGCAUGCUUUGGAUCCAGAGGAUGCUGCUGGAGCCUCUCAGGUCAGAGCAUGCUUUGGAUCCAGAGGAUGCUGCUGGAGCCUCUCAGGGCAGAGCAUGCUUUGGGUCCAGAGGAUGCUGCUGGAGCCUCAGGUCAGAGCAUGCUUUGGGUCCAGAGGAUGCUGCUGGAGCCUCAGGUCAGAGCAUGCUUUGGGUCCAGAGGAUGCUGCUGGAGCCUCUCAGGUCAGAGCAUGCUUUGGGUCCAGAGGAUGCUGCUGGAGCCUCUCAGGUCAGAGCAUGCUUUGGGUCCAGAGGAUGCUGCUGGAGCCUCUCAGGUCAGAGCAUGCUUUGGGUCCAGAGGAUGCUGCUGGAGCCUCUCAGGUCAGAGCAUGCUUUGGAUCCAGAGGAUGCUGCUGGAGCCUCUCAGGUCAGAGCAUGCUUUGGAUCCAGAGGAUGCUGCUGGAGCCUCAGGUCAGAGCAUGCUUUGGGUCCAGAGGAUGCUGCUGGAGCCUCAGGUCAGAGCAUGCUUUGGAUCCAGAGGAUGCUGCUGGAGCCUCAGGUCAGAGCAUGCUUUGGGUCCAGAGGAUGCUGCUGGAGCCUCAGGUCAGAGCAUGCUUUGGAUCCAGAGGAUGCUGCUGGAGCCUCAGGUCAGAGCAUGCUUUGGGUCCAGAGGAUGCUGCUGGAGCCUCAGGUCAGAGCAUGCUUUGGAUCCAGAGGAUGCUGCUGGAGCCUCAGGUCAGAGCAUGCUUUGGGUCCAGAGGAUGCUGCUGGAGCCUCAGGUCAGAGCAUGCUUUGGAUCCAGAGGAUGCUGCUGGAGCCUCAGGUCAGAGCAUGCUUUGGGUCCAGAGGAUGCUGCUGGAGCCUCUCAGGGCAGAGCAUGCUUUGGAUCCAGAGGAUGCUGCUGGAGCCUCUCAGGGCAGAGCAUGCUUUGGAUCCAGAGGAUGCUGCUGGAGCCUCUCAGGGCAGAGCAUGCUUUGGAUCCAGAGGAUGCUGCUGGAGCCUCUCAGGGCAGAGCAUGCUUUGGAUCCAGAGGAUGCUGCUGGAGCCUCUCAGGGCAGAGCAUGCUUUGGAUCCAGAGGAUGCUGCUGGAGCCUCUCAGGGCAGAGCAUGCUUUGGGUCCAGAGGAUGCUGCUGGAGCCUCUCAGGUCAGAGCAUGCUUUGGAUCCAGAGGAUGCUGCUGGAGCCUCUCAGGGCAGAGCAUGCUUUGGAUCCAGAGGAUGCUGCUGGAGCCUCUCAGGGCAGAGCAUGCUUUGGAUCCAGAGGAUGCUGCUGGAGCCUCUCAGGGCAGAGCAUGCUUUGGGUCCAGAGGAUGCUGCUGGAGCCUCUCAGGGCAGAGCAUGCUUUGGGUCCAGAGGAUGCUGCUGGAGCCUCAGGUCAGAGCAUGCUUUGGGUCCAGAGGAUGCUGCUGGAGCCUCUCAGGGCAGAGCAUGACUUUCUAACGGGUGGAGCAGGUUAGAUUUGAAAGCUGUUCACAAACACUGUCAGUACUGUAGAACAGACACAAUGAGAGAUGUAAAGAACAGCAUGUAUCAUCUGCUUCAUCACCACUGACCCCUCCCCCCCCCCCU